UAGGAGGAUUGGUCAGAAUCGGAACUGACGUCACACAUCGGGAACGCAAAACACAGCCACAUUUACGAGUAAACAGGCAGAGAGUCUUGUGGUAUUUUCCGCAUUUUUGCUGCCUUUUACGAAACGAGAUUUAAUUCUUCUGUGUUUGUGGUGAGUGUUUUCUGUCUAGGAUACUAAAAUGAGUUCUCUGGAGCAGAAAAUCGAAGUCCCCGAGAUCCGUGAAGAGCUGACGGGGGAACAAUCUGUUGGGGACAACGGUGUGACAGAAAGGAGCCUCACCCCAGUCCAUCUGCAGGUGGAGCGACUGCGGGUGGAGGACGAUGGCAAUAGUUCUGCGUACACCAGCGAGGAAGAAGCAGGGAGUCAUGAAGGAAGUCACGACGAAAACCGGACUGCGGACGAGCCGGAAUUUGUGGCACCGGACGACGAACUCCGCGACAGAAUUAUCAAACAGGUGGAGUUCUACUUUUCUGAUCCCAAUAUUUUGAAGGAUGCAUUUCUGCUGAAGCAUGUGCGUCGAAACAAACAAGGGUUUGUGAGUAUUAAACUCAUAACCUCUUUUAAGAAAGUGAAAUCCUUAACUAAAGAUUAUCGGGUUGUUGCUUAUAGCCUGAGACACUCUGAAAAACUAGAAGUGAAUGAAGAGGGGAGGAAAGUACGUAGAAAGGACCCUCUACCAGAAUGGGAUGAAACCACCCCAUCACGUUCUGUAGUGGUCGUUAAUUUACCCAUGGAAAACCCAUCUAUCGAGAAUGUGGCAGAAAUGUUUUCCAAGUGUGGUGAAGUUUCGCUUAUUAGGAUUUUAAGACCAGGGAAGUCCGUGCCACAAGAUGUGAAAAAACAUUCCAUCAAGCAUCCAGAGAUUGGAACGACAACCUGUGCUGUUGUAGAGUUUGAGAAGCAUGAAGCAGCACAAAAAGCUUGUGAAACAAUGAACGAUACUGAAGAUUGGCGUCAGGGCAUGCGUGUUGUUUUACUUGCUGCUCAGAAGAAGAAAGAGAAUAAAAAGAAGGACAAUGGCGAUGAUUCAGGAAAAGAGGAUGAUGGUGAAGGGAAGGAUAAGAAAAAGAAGAGGAGAGAAAGAAGAAAGAAAAACAGAGUUGAUGAACUCGCUGACAAUGAUUCUUCUUGCUACUACAGUAGUGGUUCAGAGGCAGAGUUUGGCGUACCUCAAAAAGGCAAUUACAGAACACAUCAAAUGCUCAAGAAAACACUGAGUCCAAAUCACAUGGAACAUCCAGUGCUUAAAAAAACUCUGAGUCCAAAUCAUAUGGAACAUCCUGUUCUUAGAAGAACAAUGAGCCCUAAUAAUAAGGAACAUCCAUCACUCAAGAAAUCUUUGAGUGGAAGUCAGAUGGAACACCAAAAACUGAAAAGAACCAUGAGUCCAAAUCAAGAGCAUACUAUGCUCAAAAGAACUCUCAGUCCAAAUCAGUAUGACUCAAAUCGUCUAAGUCCAAAUUCCUCCCCAAGGUCAAGUCCAAAAUCUAGUCCUAAAACCAGUCCAAGGUCAAGAAGAAGAAAUUUUCAUGGGAUUUCACCUUUGGCCGAUGACAAGAAAAGUCCAAGUACUAGUCCAAAGUUGAGCCCUCAGUGUAGCCCAGACUUGGGAAGAAAGAAAUAUGAACAUUCUGCAGAUGGUAAACCGUCAAGCCCGUGGGUACAGAGAAGGAUGAUGCUGGCUGGUCAGGAUAAAGGCCAAGUGUCAGCCAAUCAGGUCAAUGGAAAGAGCCCCGAAAAACACAAGAUGUAUGGAAUGGAAGGGGUCAUUCGACAGCCCAGAGGACCUGACGGCACCACUGGCUUCCACUUGGGACGAGGAAAACCAAGGAGCAGCACAUUUUCUUAAACUGCUUUUAGUGCAGCAGCUUUGCUGUCACAGAUAUUGCUUUUUUGUUCUGUGCACUCACCAUGACUCUAUAAAGCUGAACUUGACUUCACUCACAAAAAACAACGGUGGAGGUCUCUGUGAUAAAAUCUAUAUGGUACAUGUAUAAUGUUAAACAAGUCUUUUUAUGCUGUUCACUCCUUUUUUUGUACCUUGCACAGAAUGUCAAUGACUUGGAAAUUUAAUCUUGUAGUAAUGACAGCAAAUUCAUACAUAUAGUAAAAGGUGCCCGCAUGCAUACAUCAUUCAAAAGUCAGAAAUGGUGCAAAAAUUGUGUUGCUUGAAUACUUGCUAAAAGCACAAUUUGAUAACUGUUGUGUUUACUCUUAGCAAUGGGUAGUGUAAUUUAAAUCAUCAAAAUGGCUUUUGUUUAAAAAUGCAAAUGAGACAACUUAGCAAUUUGAUAUUUAUGAUGGUUGUGUUCAUUAAUAAUGAGACGAUUAUUCAACGUUUUAUUGUCUCAGCUAGGUGAGAGUAAAGUUGCACUAAUGUUUUUUUUUAAAGCAUUGAUUAUGUUAUAGGAAAUGGUUGUCAAGUAUAUUGAAUAAUGAUUUUUUCUAAAAAUGUCUCAGAUCCCAAGUGCUUAAAUUAACAGAGGUUUUGUUUUUCACUGACCUCUGAUGUAAAAAAUAAAUUAGAUUCUGUCUUGCAUUUUUACCAGAAU